AUGAGGACUCUCCGCAGGUUGAAGUUCAUGAGUUCGCCCAGUCUCAGUGACCUGGGCAAGAGAGAGCCGGCCGCCGCCGCCGCGGACGAGCGGGGCACGCAGCAGCGCCAGGCCUGCGCCAACGCCACCUGGAACAGCAUCCACAACGGGGUAAUUGCUGUCUUCCAGCGGAAAGGUCUGCCCGACCAGGAGCUCUUCAGCCUCAAUGAGGGUGUCCGGCAGCUGCUGAAGACGGAGCUGGGGUCCUUCUUCACCGAGUACUUGCAGAACCAGCUACUGACCAAGGGCAUGGUGAUCCUUCGGGACAAGAUCCACUUCUACGAGGGACAGAAGCUACUGGAUUCGCUGGCAGAGACGUGGGACUUCUUCUUCAGCGAUGUGUUGCCGAUGCUGCAGGCCAUUUUCUACCCAGUGCAGGGCAAGGAGCCGUCGGUGCGUCAGCUGGCCCUGUUGCACUUCCGGAACACCAUCACGCUGAGCGUGAAGCUGGACGACGCCCUGUCCCGCACCCGUGCCCACGUGCCACCUGCCAUUGUGCAGAUGCUGCUGGUGUUGCAGGGGGUGCACGAGACCAGAGGUGUGAGUGAGGACUACCUGCGGCUAGAGGCCUUGGUCCAGAAGGUGGUGUCGCCUUACCUGGGCACGUAUGGCCUCUACUCCAGAGAGGGACCCUUCACACACACCUGUAUCCUGGAGAAGCAUCUCCUUCGCCGUUCUCGCUCUGGGGACGUCCUGGCCAAGAACCCUGUGAUGCGCUCCAAGAGCUAUAACACACCAUUGCUGAAUCCUGUGGCGGAGCAUGAGGCCGAGGGGGCGGCCGCUGGUGGCCCGGGCAUCCGCAGACACUCCGUUUCAGAGAUGACAUCCUGCCCCGAGCCCCAGGGCUUCACCGACACGGCCCCCCAUUCGGGGCCCUGCCCCAGCAGACUGUACCCCCCGGCCCAGGCAGCUGGGCAGGACCUGGACCCUGCUCACGGUUCCUCUCCCACCUCCAGCCCUGAGAACCUGGUAGACCAGAUCCUGGAGUCUGCGGAUUCUGACUCAGAGGGCAUCUUCAUUGACUUCAGCCGGGGUGGAGGCUCCGACGAGUUUGGGGCGGCCAGGGGCCGGCAAAGCGUCGUGUGA